CACAAGCACUUUAUGCUGUGUGGCUGCGGGGAAUUCAUAGUAAAUUCCACGACAAUAUCACAUUUGCCGAUCGCAAUAUGACCGAAGAAGACCACAACAAACUAUCAGACUUAAGAGGGGCUGAAUGAUUGCCAAUGCAAUCGUGACUACCGACUCAGACAAUGCUCAGAUCAUCAUCACUGAACAACAAGGAUUUCACUUUCUCAAUCUCAGUCAGUACACACAGUUCAAUUGCAGACAAAGGAAGGUAACAAGUUUCCAUCCUCGAUGUCUACAGGGUACUGCAGUGGUUGGAUGAGUGAACGUUAAGAGUUGUUGAGGUAUCGGCUGACUAGCCCAGGGUACCCUCAUGGAUCGUAGGAGCCAAUCUAUUGCAUUAGAGAAACAACAUGUCCAUGAUGUGUACGAACGGAUUGCUCCUCACUUCAGUGAUGCACGCUACAAAGCAUGGCCCAGAGUCAAGGAGUUCCUAUUGGGCUUAGAGCCGGGAAGCAUUGUAGCAGAUGUAGGCUGUGGCAAUGGGAAGUACUUGGGAAUCAAUAAGCACAUUUACAAGAUUGGCUCCGAUUGUUGUUCAACCCUGGUCAACAUUGCCCACCGUGCUGAUCAUGAGGCCAUGGUAUGUGACAACAUCCGUCUUCCUUACCGAGACAACAGCUUUGAUGCUGUUAUCUCCAUUGCUGUCAUCCAUCACUUUGCGACUACAGAACGACGAGCUCAAGCAUUAAAUGAACUGGCUAGGAUAUGUCGUCCUGGUGGACAGAUCAUGAUCUAUGUUUGGGCAAUGGAACAGAAACUGAGAAAGUUUCAUGUUCAAGAUGUUUUGGUUCCAUGGCAUUUGCAACCAAGGAAUCUCAAGAACAAAGAAAGAUCAAGAAAAUUUCUUCCAAACGGAUUGACCAGCAACGGCUCUUCUGUUGAGAACGAUGUUGUGAAAAAUUCAUCGCAUAAGUUGAAGAUGCAGAGCUUUCCAACUGCUGCUGGUAACACUUAUAGUAUCUCUCAUUCUACUCUCAGAAGGCAGCCAUUUAUACCAAGCCAGAGCUCAACCGAACUUGUGAAUGGAUUGAGUAAGCCAGCCACAAAGCAUACCAGAAGUCCUCUCUUAAGAACAAAUUCUGACCAGGGUUAUGACCCAAUUACCUAUGCAGAGAAGAGUCACUUUAAGAGGUUGCUCAUUCCAACACGUUCGGACUCCGUUGAUGAGGUCUUCGUCAACAUCAGUACUGAGGAAGAUCGCAUCACUUGCAAAGAGCUGUUUACCAAUGACAUCACAAAUAUAAAAUCCCACCACUCGGUUUCGAAAGAAACUGGCCCGAAGAAAGCAAAUGGGGCUCCUCCAAGAAUGUCGUCCAUUGAAGGAAAGGAACACAGGGAAACAGUGGAAGAGCCCUCUUUGUUUGAAAGUUUCACAUCAACUGCAACUCAAAUACUGCGUGCAAUAUCCAGGCAAAGUAGCCUUGAAAUAGAGAAACAGUCUCCAAAAGAAGUCAAAGGUAAGAUGUCCACCUUUGGGAAAAGCAUUAUAUUUUGUGAUCCAGAAAUCAAUGGACAUGUAGAUAAAGAGGUUUACUUAAAUUGUAAUGGCCAUAAGAGCGUUCCAAAUGGCUACUCUCAGGGAAGUUCAAGUAAUUGUGCAAUAGAUGAUAUUUUUCAGAAAUUAACUGUAGAUUCCCCAGCUUCUGUAACUAACGGCAUUACUCCAGUGCAGAAUGGGUACUCAUCAGACAAAGAAGGUAAAGAAGGUAUUCAGCAGACCCAACCUUCUCAUGAUGUUAAGAUCUACAACUCGAGUACCUCAAUACCACUCAAGCCACUCCAGACCAAUCAGCCCAUCAUUGGGAUGAACUGUGUAACAGCCCAGGGUGAGGCUUACCAUAAAUCCCGCCCCUUACGACAUUUACCACACAUGGGCGUCGGCAGAGAGAGAGACUCCUCGGUGGAGUCCGUCUCCUCCUCUGAUGAUAGCCUCACUGCUUACCCCGUUGAGAUGAAAAACUCUGACCAAAGUUAUCAUUUCAAGACUGCCGAACAAACUGAAAAUAACCCAAUUUGUACCUAUCCUAAUAUUCCGUCCAAGAAACAUAUCAGAACACUUAGUAGUGAUUCCGAUUGUGAUUCAUUUGUACAUAUUACCAAUGGGGAAGGUCAGGGAUCAGUUUCUAGUGAAGGGGAUGCUAAUUGCAAUGACACAGCAUCAACUGUACUUCCCACAUCAACUCAUAAUUCUUCUCAAUGCAAUGGCAGUGUUGCAACUUGUACCUUAAUAGAGCAAGUACCAAGUAAUCAAGAGCCAAACACUGUAAAAUCAGAGGUCACUAAACAACUGGAAUUGAAAUCACUGCCGGAUACUAAGCUUAAUUCCAACAGCCAAGCGGAUGACCUUACUCCAACCAAAGAUACAUGUACUCCAACUCAAAAUGGCGCUUCACCUGAAGAUAAACAAGUGCUUCAGACUUCCCCUAAACCUAGUAUUCCAUUCAAGAAGAAUGACCCCUCACUUUAUCUACGUUACUACCAUGUUUUCCGUGAAGGGGAGUUAGCUGACCUUAUUGAACAACAUGUUGAUAGUCUUCAUAUUAUACGUAACUACUACGACCAUGCAAACUGGUGUGUCAUUGCUGAAAAGGUACAGGUUUGGACCAUAUGAGCAAUGAGUAAUGUUUAGCGUUAUCUGAAUAAUGGCAAACUAAGCCUUUGGUUUUUGGAACUGUUUGAUUUUUUUAAUAAGGGAAUUAAAGGGUAGCGACGAGUUCUUAAACGGCCAUUUAAAACCGGCAGGGUCAUUGUCGUGUGAACCCUGCAAGGUUUUAAACCGACGUUUAAGACAGGUCACUACUUUUUUUUAUUCCCAAUCAUAAAUGCCCUUAAACGAGAAACAAAAUACAUUUAUGGAAAGUUUGACAAUUGAAAAUUCAAGGUUUAAAAUAUUUUUUUCCAAAAACUUUGUGAAGAAUCUGUCUUUUUGCCCGCCGAAAUAUGUCUCAGGCCUGUGGUCUAAUGUAAAAUUCGAGCCCGGAAACACCAUAAUUGCUGUACUAAAUUUCAUUACUAUUUGCUGAAUUUUGUUCAACCUCCCUAUUACUUCCUUUUUUUUACAUAAUUACAAGGUAUUCCAUUUUAAGCAGGGUCCACAAGUAUUGGUUUGUAGGUGCUUGGAAAUGUUAUCGUGAAUGCAUUUUCAGGCAAUGGUUACAAGCGAUUAUGUUAUCUUUAAUAAAGAUGUACUGUUUGCGCAAACUAAACAUAAAUUUUGUUGCGCAGUGUUUAUGCAAAUAUGUUGUGAGUAUUUUGUAUACUUAAUAUAUUGGUAGGGUUUUUGAAAAUUAAUGGGCUAUUUUGGGCAAUACUUUCUAUCAGUUAUUAGGAAACUGAUAUUCUAUCAAGGUGCUGUUCAAUAUUGUUUUCAUUCUAUCAUUUCAUAUAUCAGUGCAAAUAUAACUCAAUAUUCAAAAUGUUUAAAUAACUUUUGUGAUGUUCUGUCAUUCUUUACAAGUUUUUGCAGGUAGUAUUUCCUGGAGCAUAUUUUAAUUUUGAAGAAUGUUUACUUAAGCGCAUUAUUGCAAAAUGAUGAUUUAUAUCAAUUUUUAAACCAUGUGUUAUUUGUGUGAAGCAGGCAGCUUGCAAAACACACUUGACGCUUUUAUGUGUCAACCAUGUUUGCUUGGCUGUACUGUAUUAUUUAUACAUUUACAAAAGUGCAAUCUAAAUGCAAUUUAUUAUUACCCAAUGGGUUUGCCUACUGAUUGAAGGUAGUCUGUUAUAAUUGAGUUUAACUUCUGUGCGACUGAGUCGCAUAUGCCGAGACUAUAAUGCCCUGAAAUCACUGUCUCUUGGGAGAAGUAACAAACUGUACGCUUUUUUUUUUUCAAUGAUUGCAACCCAAAAAUAGAAGAGUAAAGCCAGGGCCCAAUUUCAUAGUGCUGCUUUACGGCUGAUUUUGUGCUUACUUUACGAUUCUCAUUUCAUAGCACUGCUAACCAUAAGCAACGAAAAGGUAUGCAAACCUUCCUGCGCUUACUGCUUGAAAAUGAAUCCGACGUAUCAAUCUAAAUCCAUGGUGAGCGCGCAAGAAGGCCACCUAAUUUUCUUGCUAAUCUGUGAAAAACUCUUACGCUUAAGCAAAUUUUUUUGCUACAGUUAGCUUGGUUAGGAUGAAAAUCUGCUUACCAGUAUUAAAGCAGCUUUGUGAAAUUGGGCUCAGAGCUUGUAUAGUGCAGUAACUCAACUGGUUCUUGUAUAAUAUUUUUGAAAGACAGUAAUCUUGUUUACCCGAUGCUUAGUCUGGCAUGACCUCAUAUUUCGUAUUGUAAAUUGUACUUAAAUGUGGCCCUAGGGGCUGAUUUCAUAUAAGAGCUACACUGUAAGAUCAAUCUUUAAGGCCGUAAUGUAAGACUGAAGGAUGGUUUCUUAACGCCAACAAGCCCAACUUUUGACCGUUUGAAUUACGAAGAUUCUCAACACUGCCAACAUUAUUCUGAACCUUAAAGUCAAAGUGAAAGUCAUUAUAGCAUUUGUAUUUAUUUUAAAGAGGUUCUAAUAUCAAACAUUACCCCAUGAUAAAUGCAAAACAAAAUGUUCACCCCGCCCAAUGACACUUGAAAUUGAUCAUAUAGGCCUAAAAAAAAUACUUACAGAAGAAAUGAAAAUGUUUAUUUUUGAGUGACUUGUUCUUUAGUAUAAAUCAUCCACCAUAAUGAUCUGAUGCUACAUGAGUUGCCUAUAGUAGUUUUAUAUUAACAUUACUAACCUUUAUAACAAAUUUUUAGUAUAUCUUGCUGUCUUUGCAAUAGUUGUUUUGUUUUAUUAGACAAGCUGAAGCAGGAAAUUUGUACAAGCAUUUUCUUAAACCUAAUUAGAUUUGCUGGCAUUGUUUAUAUUCCUGUAAAGUGUAUGUAAUUUUCCCCUUAAAGUAGCAGUUUUUCUGUAUCCCUAAAGUAAUCGUACUUUAUAUUUGUGGCAAUAUUUUAUACCCAAGUAAGAUGUAGUUUUAUGCUGUAGUUAUUACAUUUUAAGUAUUAUUUGUAGUUUAUAAGAUGAUAUGGUGCUGUGGAUAUAACUUAAAUAAUUUGACAUCCAAAUAAUGGACUGUACUUUGUUCAUUUAUUCCAGAAAUGAAAUAACCCAACUCAUUUUUUUGAAGACUUUGUUGUGUAAAUAUUAUUUAUGUCGUACAUUAUUUACAUAGCCACAUUUUGUAUGGAUGUUUAGCGAACUACGCACUUAGCAGAAUACUUGUGUCUAAGUAGUUGGCAUGGACGAAGCAAUUAACAAUUACCUCUUAGUUCAUUAUGACCAAUCUUUUACUUGUGGGUUAAACAAAGAAAAACUUACUAGAGUCACAGUGGGAUUUGAACUUGCUACCUCCGGAUUAAUGUGUCGACAUCACGGGGAAAUCUGCAUUACAGAGACUCUGUCCCCCAUAAUGAGAAACAAAACAUGGGCUGAAGGAGGAUGAUCUAAAGAGGGUGCUAUCAGAAGAAAAAAUUUGGACAUAGCUCUCCGCAUGGGGGGGGGCACACAGGAUCUCCGGGGGGACAGAAUCUCCUGCCGCACCGGCGCUCUGUCAAUUGAGCUAUACAUGUAUAUCUAUCUAGCCCUUUUGUUGGUAGUCUCUCUAUUCUGUCAAUAUCAUUGUACGGGGGUGCCAGAAAUCAGAAGUCAGAAGCCAUAAAACCUGUUUCAUAAAUUAAUUCUACGCUUCGUACAACCAAUUGUACAUUGGUUGUACGAAGCGUAGAAUUAAUUUAUGAAAUUGUUUAGGUUAUGAGACAAUUUCAGCAUUGUUGACUUGCUGUUCAUUGCUGUAUGUUGGGGAGAGGUGGAAGGGGGGAGGGAGGGUAGGCAUAAGUUCAACUUCUGCUUUGAAAAAUAGUAACCAAAGUCUCAUUCCAUCUUCUGUUUUUGUAUGCAGAUAACCAUCACAUUAAUAUACUUCACACAUUCAUACCUCCAAUGUAUGUUUUUUUUUCGGUAUAAAGAUAUAUUUCUUAGUUUUUAAAGUUUAAUUAGCACUACUUAGAGUAACAUGACAAUUAAUGGGACACUUAAGAGAUGAAAGCAGGCACCCUACUGAAUGGGCCUUUUUCACUUAUAUCGUCGCUGAGAACAAUAGUGACUAUUUUUUUGUUAAAAGGGAUGGCCGCUAUUGUCCCAGAAUAUUCCAUUGAUUGAACAUUGUUGUAGGAAAGUGGUCGCCUUUUAAGAUCAGUUUUGAUUAUGUGUUAGUCAAAAUAGGGUGCUAUGUGUUGUAUUAUGUGUAUAUCUUUUGUUAUUUAAAUAAAAGAUUGUGU